AUGCCCAACACACAAGGCGGAUACACUAUCACAGCGUCAGAUGCCCUCUCAUCAACACCUUUCCUUGUUGUGCUCUGUCUCAUCGUGGUGAAGUGCAGCAGAUGUAUCCUGAUAUACGACCACAUGGCAACUAUCACAGAUGAAAUCACUUUCAUCUGGUGUCGCCCGAGAUCACUAUCUGCAAUAUUAUUUCUCACCAAUCGCUAUUUUGCUCUGUUCGGCAACGUUUAUAUGUUAUUUGAGUAUGUUCUGCCCAUGUCAGAUGAGCCAUAUCUAAUAUACAGAGAACUGCUCCUUUUGUUCCAACAAAUCUUCGUUGGCCUUAUAUUGACUCUUCGCACUUAUGCUCUCUACAGCCGUAGCAAACGCCUUCUUGUUUGGAUGGUAACCAUCGGUCUUGUUCUUGGGGGAGGGACUGCGGCAACGCUUGCAUUCCGUUCAAGCACUCUCGUGCUAGGAUAUAAUUGCUUUGAAUCAUAUUCAGAAAAGAUGUACGCCAUCUUCCUCACCCUUCCGCAUGCUUGCUCAAAAGAUGUUGCAGAGCCGUCAGUUAGUCCUGGGUUGGGAUGGACGACACUACUUCUCUACGAAUUACUCAUCUUUGUCCUCACAGUUCACAGGAUAUACAAAACUAGAGGACCGUCUCUGACAAGAUCGAGGAGAAAUUUACUUGAUAUCAUGUUUCAAGAUGUGAUUCGAAUAAAUCUGAUCCGCCUUCCAUUCAGGGUGAUGUCAUUGGUUAAUCUACCUAACAUUCUGACGUCCUACAAUACCACCAGGGACGGUCUGGCUCCAUUUACUAGCUGCAUGUCCGUGACUCUUAUCUCUCGGCUGAUGCUUAACCUGCACAAAUCUGUCGACGCAGGCAUCCUUACCACCCCUAUCCGAGAUGAUGACCAUGAAUACGCCCUUACCACCAGGAUCGCCGUAGAACAGUCCGCAGCUUCCUCUGGCGAUUGCUAGUAGUGCCCGGAAGUAAGAUGGAAACCGUCGAGAGUUCUAUUAAUCUUUCAAAGUGUACAAUGAUUAUGCACCACGUAUUUGAAGAACUUCUUGAUAUCAGCUCUAAGC